AUGGCAACUACAGCCCUCUCCGGGGUGGCCUUUGGUGCCGGCCUCGCUGCCGCCGGUGUCUACCACCCAGCCGUCAUCACGAGCCAGCUCAAGUUUGAGAACUGGCAUAUGAUCCAGGCCUUCCUCGCCGCCGCGGCCUCCAGCGGUAUUGCUGUCCUGCUCCUCGACCGCCUGGGCUACUAUCACUCCAAGCCACGCUCCGCCUCGCGGCUGGGGCUCUUCGGCCCUUACGACGGCAACAUUCUUGGCGGCGCCCUCCAGGGUCUCGGCAUGGCCCUCGCCGGCGCCUGCCCCGGCACCGUCAUUCCCCAGGCCGCUGUUGGUGUCCCCCUCAGGCCUCUACGCCCUCUUCGGCACCCUCAUCGGUGGCAUCGCCUGGUCCGGCUUCAUCUCCUCCCUCGCCGCCCGCGCCGCGUCUCGCGCCCCCGCUGA